UACCCUUGUCUGGCGAAGGAUAUUGAUACAGCUCAGUGGAAAAUCCCUGCGCAACUUCGAGUUACUCUAUGGCUGGGUUUGGAGAGGGAUGAGCCCAACUGGUAUGAGUGUCAGGAUGAUUCAAAGUUGGCCAUAGUUGCGGAGACGUACGAAAAUCAGGUGUGGGUCCUUGGCCAAUGGACUUCAAAGCGGCCUUCGUUGACUCGGCCGGCCUGGUCGGACAGCACUGGAAAGAUCGAGCUGAUUAGAGAGAAUAUGAAACCGCCCGAGGCCCCGCCAUUUUUCUAUCAGGAUGCCGGACGAACCACCUAUAUUGAGGAGGUGUUCUACAACGAAUCACGAAGUCCCGGAAGUAGCUGGGGGGCAGCGGCCACACCGUACACUGAAGCAAAUGGAGACGUCAAGGAUGGCCCUGAUUCCAUCAAACUACCCGAUUCCUGGAUCUGGGAAGGAGAAUGGGAGGUCGACUACAACAGGCCGUGCGAUGAAGAAGGUGAUCUGUACUGA